GGAAUUGUGGGUUCUCAAAGAAAAGGAGAACGAGCCGCCUGGGAUGGCAGCCGGGGUGUGGAGACCAUGUCGCCUGAAGAAUGGACCUAUCUGGUGGUUCUUCUUAUCUCCAUCCCCAUCGGCUUCCUCUUUAAGAAAGCUGGACCUGGCUUGAAGAGAUGGGGGGCAGCAGCUGUGGGCCUGGGGCUCACCUUGUUCACCUGUGGCCCCCACACCUUGCAUUCUCUGAUCACCAUACUGGGGACCUGGGCACUCAUUCAGGCCCAGCCCUGCUCCUGCCACGCCCUGGCCCUGGCCUGGACCUUCUCCUACCUCCUGUUCUUCCGCGCACUCAGUCUGCUGGGCCUGCCCACUCCCACGCCCUUCACCAAUGCCGUCCAGCUGCUGCUGACACUGAAGCUGGUGAGCCUGGCCAGUGAAGUCCAGGACCUGCAUCUGGCCCAGCGGAAGGAGCUGGCCACCGGCUUCAGCAAGGGGCCCGGCCUGGGGCUGCUGCCGGACGUGCCCUCUCUGAUGGAGACGCUCAGCUACAGCUACUGCUACGUGGGAAUCAUGACCGGCCCGUUCUUCCGCUACCGCACCUACCUGGACUGGCUGGAGCAGCCCUUCCCGGGGGCCGUGCCCAGCCUGCGGCCCCUGCUGCGCCGCGCCUGGCCGGCGCCGCUCUUCGGCCUGCUCUUCCUGCUGUCCUCCCACCUCUUCCCCCUGGAGGCCGUGCGCGAGGACGCCUUCUACGCCCGCCCGCUGCCCGCCCGCCUCUUCUACAUGAUCCCCGUCUUCUUCGCCUUCCGCAUGCGCUUCUACGUGGCCUGGAUUGCGGCCGAGUGCGGCUGCAUUGCCGCCGGCUUCGGGGCCUACCCCGUGGCCGCCAAAGCCCGGGCCGGGGGCGGCCCCACCCUCCAAUGCCCACCCCCCAGCAGUCCGGAGAAGGCGGCCUCGCUGGAGUACGACUACGAGACCGUCCGCAACAUCGACUGCUUCGGCACGGACUUCUGCGUGCGCGUGCGCGACGGCAUGCGGCACUGGAACAUGACGGUGCAGUGGUGGCUGGCGCAGUACGUCUACAGGAGCGCGCCCGCCGGCUCGUACGUGCUCAGGAGUGCGUGGACCAUGCUGCUGAGCGCCUACUGGCACGGCCUCCACCCUGGCUACUACCUAAGCUUCCUGACCAUCCCGCUGUGCCUGGCCGCCGAGGGCAGGCUGGAGUCGGCCCUGCGGGGGCGGCUGAGCCCCAGGGGCCAGAAGGCGUGGGACUGGGCGCACUGGUUCCUGAAGAUGCGGGCCUACGACUACAUGUGCAUGGGCUUCGUGCUGCUCUCGCUGGGCGACACGCUGCGGUACUGGGCCUCCAUCUACUUCUGCAUCCACGUCCUGGCGCUGGCCGCGCUGGGGCUGGGGCUGGCUCUGGGCGGGGGCGGCCCCGGCCGUCGGAAGCCGGCCGCCCAGGCCACCGCGGGCCUCGAGCCCGAAAAGCUCCGGGAGGAGUAAGCUGCCGCCGCCCCUCUGCCCGCCGAGCUUUCGCCUGGGGCCCCUGUGCCAGGCUGCUGCCGCCCUUCCCUGAGAGAACCCUCGGUCGGACUCGGGGCCUGCGGAGGAUUCCCACUCCCAGCAGAACCCUGCACGGGGCCGGGGGCAGCCCUGCCACCUCACCGCCCGCCCCGGCUCCAGAAGGCCAGCUGCCCGCCUGCCACUGGACCUGUCCACGGAGUGUGACGGCUCGCCUGUCCUGUCCAGAGUCUGCCCUUCGCACGCGGUCCAGGGACCAACUCCCUCUGGCAUGGCGCGGGCCGGCAGCCUCGGGCCUCAGGCCUGUCCUGGGAGCGGAAGUGCCUUUCUCGCAUCUCUUGCUCCUCUUCAUCCAGCCAGUGUUUCAGAGCCGAAGGGAACCCGAACUUCCCUUCCGCGUGGGGCAACUGAGGGCCGAUGAGCAGACCUGGGUCCUCUGGGCCUGAAGGUUGCAUCCGCUGCCGCGGGUCCCGCCGCUCCUGCCCACCCUUGUCACCCUCUGCCGGAAACAGGCUCAGCAUUCACGGCUCCCCAAUAAAGUGUCGUACAAGA